CUAAACCUGCAAUAACUCUUAUCAAUGAAUGUAUUCAAGCAGUCACUAUAUAAGAGCCUUUGCAAGGUUCUACCACACAUUGAUAAGCGUAAUUUUUGUGACUUAGGCAGGUACGCAAGUGAAUACUUUCCUAACAUGGCCGAGCAAAAGCAGCUUUCAUCGAAAGAGAUCUUUGCUCUAGAAGACCAGCAUGGGUGCCGCAACUAUGCACCACUUCCUGUCGCCUUAUGCCGUGGUGAAGGAAUAUUCGUUUGGGAUGUAGAAGGCAAGAAGUAUUUCGAUUUCUUGAGUGCUUACUCAGCGGUGAACCAGGGUCACUGCCAUCCAAGGAUUGUGAAGGUUCUCAAGGAACAAGCUGACAAAUUAACCCUGGUCUCAAGAGCAUUUUACUCGGAUCAGCUUGGUAGAUACGAAAAAUUUAUGACAGAACUGUUUGGCUACGAUCGUCUGUUGCCCAUGAACACGGGAGUCGAGGGCGGCGAGAGCGCUUGCAAGAUAGCGCGGAAGUGGGGCUAUGACGUCAAGAAGAUACCGAAGGACCAGGCUAAGAUAAUCUUCGCAGAAGGCAACUUUUGGGGUCGAACGCUAUCCGCGGUGUCGUCGUCAUCAGACCCUACGUGCUACAAAGGCUUCGGACCCUAUAUGCCUUGUUUUGAACUCAUUCCAUAUAAUGACAUUCCUGCUUUGGAGAAAGCCCUCCAAGACCCCAACGUAGCGGCUUUCAUGGUGGAGCCUAUCCAAGGAGAGGCUGGAGUGAUCAUCCCCGACGACGGCUACUUGACGAAAGUGCGGGAGCUGUGCACUAAGUACAACGUUCUAUGGAUAGCGGAUGAAGUGCAAACAGGAUUAGGUCGCACGGGCAAGCUCCUGGCGGUUCAACACUCGGGCGUGAAGCCGGACCUGGUCAUACUGGGCAAGGCGCUCAGCGGCGGCGUCCUGCCCGUCUCCGCUGUCUUAGCCAAUAACGACGUCAUGGGCGUCAUAACGCCGGGCACUCACGGUUCGACGUACGGCGGCAACCCGCUCGCGUGUGCGGUUGCUACCGAGGCCAUAAAGGUAUUAUUGGAGGAGAAAUUGGCCGAGAAUGCGGAUAGACUAUGCUCGGUGUUCCGCCAGGAGUUAGAAAAGAUUCCCAAGUCUAAGAUAGUGACAAUUCGCGGCCGAGGACUUAUGUUUGCCAUUGAUGUUCACGACAGUAUUAAUGCAUACGAUGUAUGCCAUCGCUUGAAGGCAGCCGGCCUCCUCGCCAAGACGACACACGGUCAAACCAUCCGCCUGGCUCCACCGCUGGUUAUUACCGAAGCGCAGCUAAGGGAGGGCGCGCGUAUUAUACAGAACGUAUUCAAGAGUUACGAUGAUAUCAAUAACUAAAAAAAUGUUCACUAUAGGUAUGGCGCAUAACUGAAUAUGCUCCAACGAAAGUGGAGCGGUGGGGGAGGAUGACAGUUGUCAUAAGUUGACAAAUCACUAAGCUUUCGCGUCAUGUCAUUAGGUAAACCCCCCUCUAAUACAGGCGCGGACCUCAGAUCUCAUAAAAGGCACUUGACCGAUUUCGAAAACCGAAAAUCGGUCAAGUGCGAGUCGAAGUAUGAAAUCGCCCAUGAAUCAUGAUUGAUAUUCAUACAAAGGAGAUGUUUACAAAAUAGGUAUAUGACGCUUUGACCAAGAUAUUGUACAGGUCUAUUAGGGUUCUGGGCAUGCCCAUCGUGCCCACAACAGUGGAUCCACGCUUGCUCCAGCACCACAGUUAUACAUAGGUACCUACUCAGUUAUGCGUUAUGUCUGUAGUUGAAGCUGUUAUUUUGUUUUUGGAUUCGAAUUAUAUUUAUUAUUACCUAUUUA